GGGAUGGCGCCGGAGCCGCUCUGCCCUCCCCGCUCCGGAAGUGCCGGCGUCGGAGGUCACCGCGCCCCGCGGCCUGGAAGGGGCGGUGGGCCCCCGGGGCCGCACUGACUCGGCCCCUCCCCGCCCCUCUACCCUACAGGCCCGCGGGGCUCGGCGCUGCCCUCGGAGCAGGUCCGCGCGAAGCCCGGCGGGACCCAGAACGGGCGGGCGGGCCCGACGCGAGGCGAGGGAGGGCCGGGAGGGGCGGGGCCGGCGGGCGGUUCGCCAGUCCGAGCGGACUCUGCCCCCGCCCCGGGCGCCGCUGCCCACACGGAACAGACUUCGGAGUUGGUCCGCCGACGAUCGCACGCAGUCCAAGAGCGUCUCUGCAGUGGGCCGGUCCUGGAGGAUGCGCGCCCUGGACGCGCCUGCGAGCCCGCGGCUCUUGGCCUCGGACUCCGGGUCCCCCGCGGCCCCGGACGCGGCUGGGCCCGCUCGCAGGAGUGCGGUGGAGAGGCUGGCGGCCGACCGCGCCAAGUACGUGCGCGGCCCGCCCGGGGCCGGACCAGGCCCGGCUGGCGGGGGCAGCAGCCCCGAGGCGACCGGAGGGCAGGCGCGCGUCCCCGGGCCCGGGGUGCGCAGGGCUAUAGCGCGGAAGCCGCUAAGGCCGGACUCGCUGGUCAUCUACCGUCAGAAGUGCGAGUUCGCCCGAGCGUCAGGAGCCGACAGCCCCAGGGCAAGCCUGGUGAAGAAGCUCUUCCAGGGGCCGAGCAAGGACAAGACGCCCGAGCCUCCUGGCGCCGCCCGGGUGGGAGCGGAGUUGGGGGUCAGGGCCCAGGGGGCCGCCCAGGCCGAGCCUGGCCCCUCCGCGCCUCCCGCGCCCGCGCGGUCCGUCGGGACGACCCCCAGGGUCUCGACUGCGCCCGGCGGUGCAGAGCUGCUGGGGGUGAGGCGCCUGGGGCUACAGCGCUCUCAGUCCGACCUCAGCUCGCGCUACUCCGCGUCCUUGGCCGAAUCGGACACUUUCUUCCAGUACUGCGGCCUGGAACCCGACGUGGUGGAGGCGCUCGGGCGGGAGAACUUCUCGGCCGGGUCGGACCGCGGCGCCCUCAAGGUCCGCAGCGUGAGCGUGGCCACCUCCGACAGCGGCUUCUCCCGGCGCAGCGGGGAAGACGAGGGGCUGCAGGAGGAGGAGCUGACGGAGCAGGUGCCCAGCACCACCUCGGUGGUCGAGAGGAACGCGCGCAUCAUCAAGUGGCUAUACACCUGUAAGAAGGCCAAGGAGACGCCCGGCCAGGGGCUGCAGGGCCCGGCGUGACAGCCCGCCCCAGGAGACCCGGGCCGAGGAAGCAAACCUUCUGGACGAUGGGGACUCCUUGCAGUAUGUCUGGAUGACUGGGACCCGAGGCCCAUCCUCACUGCCAGAUUAUCAGUCACAAUGAAGAGUGCAUUCUAAAGCCUGGACUAGCAGAAUCAUGUGCCUGGAGAUGGGAUGCAAUAAAUCAGUUUGAGCAUCGGU